GACAAGAUGCAUUAAUUAGGGUUUGCAAAUACCAACGGCCAUUGAGCCCCCAAAGGCGCGAUAAUUCCUUUCUCCUCCCAUUUCCUUUCCUUCCAACUUUCCACUCUUUCAUUUUCCUUUUCCCUCUUCAACCAACCAAAAAAAUGUCAAACAAAUCCCCCAUUUUCUCCAUUGUUGAACCUCAACACUUCAGUGACUAUGGCUUCGACCCUCAAAUCGAUUAUUUUCAGAUUUUGGAAGAAGCAAGAAAGCACAGAAUCAGAGAAACAGCAAGAUCAUCCAUAGACACAUUACAUUUCAAGCUACAAAAACCAAUCUCAAAAGACGACUCUUCAAAGAAAAUCAAGAAGAACAUUAGCCGUAAAAAAUGGUGGAAAAAUGCUCUUCUCUUCUUCAAAAGGAGUAGUACUAAUAAUUCCAACAAUGACAACAAAAUCUCCGACACCGGUGAUCUUGACCGGCAACCUACUUUACGGGGAACAUCGAUAUCUGGGCCUGUAUAUAUUACUGAGAGCAGAAGUGGCUCCAACACACCUUAUCGGAAGACUAACCGGUCAACUUCCGGUCCACUUGCCGGAAUUUUGACUCCUAACCGAAAAGGUGACGUGGAGAUCCCGUAUAUUAACCUCAGGGAGUUUAAUAUGGACCAGCAACAACAUAACAUGCCAAUAUAUUUGGUCUCGUGA